AUGAUAAGGAUUACAAUACUAAGCUACCUGUUGGUGGUGGGAUUUCUCACCGUUAAAUCUCAGGAAGCAGGGACAGAUUUACUCAAGAAUAUUUUUGAAAAUGAUGUCGUGACGAACUGCAGUAGUAUAGAGGGAAAUGAGCGAGGCUGCUUAGAAUGCUACACGUGUAAUGGGGAUGCUUCUAAUAGACAAAAAAGUAGAGGCAAAAUAUCACAUAGUAUUAAAUUGUAUGAUGACAAAUGCCAGCCUAAGGAAUUCUGCUGCUUCUCUCAACAAGAUGUUACUGCUCGGAACGCUGAUCACUGUGGCAAAAGUGAGCCUGAUGGGCAUCCACGCAGUACAAGGGAUAGUUUGAGAUCUGUUCUACAAGGCCAAUACCCCUGGAGAACUUGGAUAUUCAGCACAGAGUCGACGGAACCAUUAUGUGCUGGAGUAUACAUCCACCACGGCAAACGAGCUGUCAUGACUUCUGCCACUUGUGUAGAAAAUUACAUCCCACAAAACCUUCGAGUCGGAUUUACGAGGCGUCAUGGAAACAUUCGCGUUAUGCCUAAUUCAUUCAUAAUACAUGAUGAUUACAAUAGAGAAACUGGUAUCAACGAUAUCGCCAUACUUGGCCUCUCCCAAGAGGAUGCAUUGUCGCCUUGGGCCCAUCCAGCCUGCCUGCCAACGUCCAGCCCUCUGUUUGCAACCCCUUGUAUCGCUGUGUCUGACCAGGACUAUUAUCUGAACACUAUUAUACCAAGACAAAGUAGCUGCGCCGCUGACAAAAAGUCGCUAGACGAGACAAAGCUAUGCGCAGUUGCGCCCAAAAACGACUACACCCCAGAAGUGGGUGGAGGGCUGUUCUGUGAACAAGAGACGUCAGUGAAUAAUAUCAAUUACGUCGUGAAUGGCAUCCAUCUCUACAAGAGCAACACUAUAUCUGUCUACACCAACAUCGCACACUAUAUCAAAUGGAUAGACGACGCAAUUGAAGACAUA